AUGGACCAUGAUAUGGAAACCAUAAAUGCUGGGCUCAAAAACCUCCCAGCCAACCUUGAAACACAACUUGAGGUACCUUUUGGACCCUAUGAUGGUACUCCUGCAAGCCAAUUAGGUAUUCCUCGAUAUCUGUUCCGCGUGUUCUCGGACAAAAGCACAGGACAAAAUGACAGACAAUGGAUGAAGUCCCUAGGUGCAACGAAAGGCAAUCUGACGGAUACAUUCGACAGAGAUGGCGACGACAUUGCCAUUGCGCUGAACGACCACGUACGGGGACAUCACUCGCUAUUACCUCCCAGUCCGUUUAUCUCGUGGACGACUUCUUUGGCUGUCGCUCUACAAUACGCCAUAUAUAAGCACAAAUUCAUGGGAGAACCGAUGAACAAGAUUCAAUUCUGUGUAAUCGAUACAACAGAUUUUCCCAAUGGAACUUUUCUACAAGAUUUGGUGCUAAUGAGGGAAUUCCAAGGAAGAAUCAAAGAUGAUACUGUGAUUAUAAUAUCUCAAGGCAGUGAACCUUGGAGCUCCGGCGGGCUCCCUAACAUGCUUUUUUUGCGCGGCUUGAAGUCCAAGGAUUAUGCAGGAACUUAUUACUUUGGCGAGUAUCUUGCUCAAGGACAGCUUUGCAUCGAGAACCGCUCAUUUGUUGAGUCGUGCGACAAGAUCAUCACAAAAGAUCUCUUAAAUAUGAUCCCGGCUCUCAAAGCCAACAUGACAUACCAGACUUCGUUAUGGGCCAAAGCUGUCCUGCAACUUCGCGAACCUUUUUAUUCCCCGGGUAAGGCUCGACCUAUUAGCGAGAAAGACAUCACUCCCAUACGGAAGAUAGUGGACGUAUUCGACGGAAAGUGGAAGGUUGUGAUGUUCGCCAGUCUGCUUGGUCUUUAUCCUCGACGGAUGGAAGACCUGGAAUUCGCAAAUGUACCUCUGGGCUUGGUUCCCGAUGAGAUCCUUGAUAAGUGUCUCUCGCAGAAGACUGCUAUCGAUACCUCGGUUCAUAUGCCCGAGGUCACCCAGUUUGGCCAAUUGAUAGAGAAGGUAUCUGAAGAAUACUGCUUGCGAUGCGUCAAUAAGUUGCGCCGAUAUAUACGGCGGGAAGCCGAUGUUCUGGCGCGGAUUCAGGAGGACCUGGAUUCAUUGAAAGAGGCUCACGAGAAUGCGCAACGCAUCAUGCUAGCUGUUGAGCGAAUGGAGCGGCCGGUAAAGAUUGAUCAAUUUUGCACGGGAGAAAUAUGGAGAAAAGUUGAGAUGUUACAGGUUGCCUUGGAGCACUUGGAACUUUGA